UCCUCUUUGACUCAAAACUAUAGAUAUCCCACAAUCGCAAUUCAACAUCCGCCCCAUGUCCACCUCGCCUUCAAAGAACCCCCAGCCCCACUGCGACCUGACCACUCUCUCGCCUUUACCCUCCGAAGUCAUCUCCCUCAUCUACGACUACUAUCUCGCCCAGAACCCCCUCGAGAGUAGAAGCCAGUUCCUCAGUCUCAUCACCCUCUCCAAGGAGGUCUAUUCAGAGAAUGCGUGGAGGCUGUAUGAAGCUGUCGAGCUGAAUAAUCAGAAUCACAAGGCGUUUUUUGACGGACUAUGGAGCGCCAGGGAGAUUCACUUUUGUCAGAACCCGUGUCCUCCUCACCUCCGGUGCGAGGCUUCUGCGAAAGCCCUCGCACGGGAAAUCGAGGGAUACUCUCAUUCCAAACGACGGUUGAAACGACCAUCCCACAUCCCGUCCAGGAUUUCCUACCAUAAAUACGAGUACGAAUCUUACAUCCCCUUCCAUCUCCAUCCCGCCAUUCGAAAACUCCUCCACAUACACCAAUGUCGCAGGCUCUACAUCGAUAGCUGGAAGGCCUUUAACGGACUUCGAAAGGGAAACGACUCGGUCCGGGACGCCGUCAAUGCGUGGCCUCGGGAACACGACAUCCGUAAUGCCGAGUCUUCCGACUAUACCUGGAUCACAGACCCCCUCUUUUCCUCCGUGACCCAUCUCUCUUUUGGAGAGACUGUCUCAGUGCAUGCUCCCCACACUAGCGACGAAAGAUUUGCGGUCAAGUACAAGUCCUUCGGGCCGGCGCUCAAGCAUGUCUGCCUGAGCUUCAACGACACAUAUUACAAUAUGGAAGCCGAAUAUGAGGAGGCAGCCCAACUUGGGAACCUAGAUGAGGUCGAGAAAAGACAGUCAAGUCCGAGGUGGAUGAGAAGAUGUCCUUGACGCUACACAACGCGUACCCCGACGAUUUUGAGCCUGGGCUGGCCGAUACGAUGAUCUAUGAACUGCCGAGG